CAAAUGGCAACAUUGUGGCGAUUCUGAAGCUCAGAGUUUAGGAGACGCGUCUCUCCUCCAGGCCGGCUCCGAGCGGUCGGAAAGAGGAGUAGAAGAAGGAGGGGCGGGGAGAUCGGCCUGAGAGAGCGGCGGAGACGCAGAAGUCGCCGGCCCUGAUCGCCUACCCGCCUGCCUGGCCCCGCAGGACCCGCGCCUCACCUUCAGAGAGCCGAAAACGCAGCACCGCGGCCUCGCGCUGGGGGCGGCCGGGUUGGACGCUAGACGCUGCAGCAGCGCUGGGCUUGUAAACAGAUCCAGCCGCACGUGACCAUGUGAACUACCUGCUCCGGGGACGCGUAUUGUCUUUCCCGCUAGCCUCGCCACAAAGGAGCGCGGCGGGUUCGAGUGCUGUGGGCCGGGCGAGCAAGCGGGGAGAGCCGGCUGGCGCGCUAAGAUGGCCGAAGGCGCCCAGCGAGGGUGAGCAGGGGGCGCGGUGCAGCCAGCCGGUGAGUCUUCGGGCGGGCAGGGCCAUCGGCGCCUCCCCCGCGGCCUGGCACCCGAGCCACCAUGUCUUUCGCGCUGGAGGAGACGCUCGAGUCGGACUGGGUGGCCGUGCGACCGCAUGUGUUCGACGAGCGUGAGAAGCACAAGUUCGUCUUCAUUGUGGCCUGGAACGAGAUUGAGGGCAAGUUUGCCAUAACCUGCCAUAACCGGACAGCCCAGAGGCAGAGGAGCGGCUCCCGGGAGCAGGCGGGGGCGCGAGUGGGCGCGGAGCCCGGAGCAUCCGCGUCGGACGGGACCCGCGGGCCGGGCAGCCCAGCUGGCAAGGGCCGGUCCGAGGCCACUACCUCUGCGAUUCAGGGGAAGAGCCCAGGACCCCGGAGGAGCCCGGCCUGGGCGGAGGGCGGCUCUCCGCGGAGCGCGCGCAGCCUUCGGGGGGACCCGCUACUGCGGAGUCCGACCGGCAAAGCGGCGGAGAGCCCGCUCAGGAGCCCAGGGCGGGCCAAGACCAGCCCAGUUCGAAAGGGGUCUGAAGGCAGAGAUGUGGCAGGGGCCGCCCCUCCUGCGCCCCGAGAGGCCCCGGUGUCCUCCGUGCGUGUAGUGAGCGCCUGCGGGGCCGUCUCCGAGGAGAUCGAGGUGCUGGAAAUGGUGAGGGAGGACGAGGUGGCCCCGGGGGCCCUGGCUGUCUCGGACGCGGAGCAGCCGCCGCCCACCGCCGAGCUGGAGUCCCCGGCGGAGGAGUGUAGUUGGGCCGGGCUCUUCUCCUUCCAGGAUUUGCGUGCUGUGCACCAGCAGCUGUGUUCUGUGAACUCGCAGCUGGAGCAGUGCCUGCCUGUAUUCCCCGAGGAGCCCUCUGGCAUGUGGACCGUGCUGUUCGGGGGCGCCCCGGAGAUGACCGAGCAGGAGAUCGACGCUCUGUGUUACCAGCUCCAGGUCUACCUGGGCCACGGCCUGGACACCUGCGGCUGGAAGAUCCUCUCCCAGGUACUUUUCACUGAGACCGACGACCCUGAGGAGUAUUACGAAAGCCUUAGCGAGCUGCGGCAGAAGGGCUACGAAGAAGUGCUUCAGCGGGCCCGGAAGCGCAUCCAGGAGCUGUUGGAUAAGCACAAGAAUACAGAAAGCAUGGUUGAGCUUCUGGACUUGUAUCAAAUGGAGGACGAAGCAUAUAGCAGCCUUGCAGAAGCCACAACUGAACUAUAUCAGUAUUUACUACAGCCGUUCCGAGACAUGAGAGAACUUGCCAUGCUACGGAGACAGCAGAUCAAGAUUUCCAUGGAGAAUGACUAUCUGGGUCCCCGACGAAUUGAAAGUCUACAAAAAGAAGAUGCUGAUUGGCAGCGGAAAGCUCACAUGGCUGUGCUGUCUAUUCAGGAUCUUACUGUCAAAUAUUUUGAAAUAACAGCUAAAGCACAAAAAGCUGUGUACGAUCGAAUGCGAGCAGAUCAGAAGAAAUUUGGUAAAGCAUCAUGGGCAGCAGCUGCAGAACGAAUGGAAAAACUCCAGUAUGCAGUUUCUAAGGAGACUUUGCAGAUGAUGAGAGCAAAAGAGAUCUGUUUGGAACAGAGGAAACAUGCGCUAAAAGAAGAGAUGCAGAGUUUGCAAGGUGGCACAGAAGCAAUAGCCCGAUUGGAUCAGUUAGAAGCUGAUUAUUAUGACCUGCAACUUCAGUUGUAUGAAGUACAGUUUGAAAUCCUGAAGUGUGAAGAGUUACUCUUGACCGCACAACUGGAAAGCAUCAAAAGACUUAUAUCGGAAAAGAGAGAUGAGGUGGUAUAUUAUGACACUUAUGAAAGCAUGGAGGCCAUGCUGGAGAAGGAAGAGCUGGCGGCAUCUGUGCACUUACAGAGAGAAGAGCUGCAGAAACUUCAGCAGAAAGCACGCCAGCUGGAAGCCAGACGGGGCCGAGUUUCAGCCAAGAAAGCCUACCUCAGAAAUAAGAAGGAAAUUUGUAUUGCAAAACACAAUGAAAAGUUCCAACAACGCCUUCGGAGUGAAGAUGAAUACAAGACUCAUCACACAGUACAACUAAAGAGAGAAAAAUUACAUGAUGAAGAAGAAAGAAAAAGUGCCUGGGUUAGCCAAGAGAGACAAAGAACACUGGAUAGACUACGAACUUUUAAACAGAGGUACCCUGGCCAAGUUAUACUUAAAUCAACCAGAUUGCGACUGGCUCAUGCAAGAAGGAGAAGCACAGCCAGUCCUGUGCCCUGUGAUGACCAGUGUGACUCUCCGCCAGGACCGCUACAGGUAGAAGAGAAAAAGGGAAAGGUAGAAGAAGGAAUAGGCAAGCUUGGGUCAUCACAGAACACAGAAGCCCAAAGUCUCGCACAACUUGAAGAUACUUCAUUAGCACAACUUGAAGCCACUUCAUUACCUCUCAGUGGUGUUACCUCUGAAUUGCCUCCCCCUGUUUCUCUUCCACUUUUGAAUAACAUUGACCUUGAACCAGGUUCUGUUACCAUAGACCCAGUCCCCCCACCUCUUCCUCCAACACCGCCUCCCCCACCACCUCCUCCCCCUCCCCCACCGCCACCACCUCUGCCUGUUGCUAAAGACAGCUCCCCAGAGACACUGGAGGAAGGUCUGCCUAGAACAGAGGUAAACGAGAAGAGGAUCCCCAAGUCUGCAAGUGCCCCCUCAGCGCAUCUCUUUGACAGCAGCCAGCUGGUCAGUGCCAGGAAAAAGCUCAAAAAGAUUGCUGAAGGCUUGCAGAGGAGGAGAGUGAGCUCACCCAUGGAUGAGGUGCUAGCUUCCUUGAAGCGUGGUAGUUUUCAUCUGAAAAAGGUUGAACAGCGAACUCUGCCUCCUUUUCCUGAUGAAGAUGAUAGUAAUAAUAUCUUGGCACAAAUAAGGAAGGGGGUGAAAUUGAAGAAGGUACAGAAGGAAGUUUUGAGAGAAUCCUUCACACUUCUGCCUGAUACAGACCCUCUAACACGGAGCAUCCAUGAAGCUCUUAGAAGAAUCAAAGAAGCGUCCCCUGAGUCAGAGGAUGAAGAGGAAGUUUUACCCUGCACAGACUGGGAAAACUAGCAAGUGACUCAACAGAAAGAAAAAUACAGUUGAAGAUCGGUUCUUACUGUUUUGGAAAACAAAAUUUUAAACACGCAAUUUCCCAAUUGGAUUUCAUUAGACGCAAAGUGUAUUGGCUCAGUGGUGUGAAAAAAUGGAGGCACAGUUGGCAAGUUACUGCCUUUCCAGUCAUUCCAGUAGUUGGUGGUGAACAUGAGUUUUAGUUGUGCAGUGCUCCUGAUGCAUUGAAGAGAAGGCCUUCUGGAGAUGCCUGGGUUUUACUUUUAAACCACCUUUCCCUCCUGUCCACCCAUUUACAUCCUUGUAGUGGCCAAUAAACCUAGGGGUCACUCUGAGUUGGAAGAACA